UGGCAGCGGUUAAGCGUACAGAUCAGGUCGUUGUCUUGGUGAAAAAGUUCAAUCUGCGAGGAGCGUACCUCAGGAUUAAAGCAAAUUAUGUUUCGCGAUCGAAGGAAAGUGACUAGAGAGGUAUGAGAUAUUGGCGUUACAUCUUUGUUGUUACGAGUGAAAAGUUUGUUAUUUGAUACGUUAUUGGUUGCAUAGGGUACACUAUUUUGACGAGAGCAUGCAAGGACUGCGAGCGCAUCGAUCGCGAGAGACGCUUGGCGCCGCGACGGCCCUAAAGGGCGACGCCAUGUUAAUUGGACGACGCAUGGGUAACUUUAUCAUCGAAGCAAAGAAGUCAGUGUCAUAUUCUGAAAUUCCAAGCUAUCUCUUAUAAUUCAAUAAAAGGCAAAUAGACGUUAAAAUACAUAUGAGUAAAGAAGAAAUAAUUCUAACGUUAAAAUAUCGAUUCUGAUGCAAGUUGAUGGACAUUUUCCAGGGGUAACGCCAGCGAGUAGCGCCAGCCCUGUUUGCUGGGGCGCGUAGUUCUAUCCGAUAGCGGUGAUACAGAGGUGGAUACAUAAACUCGAGUACCCUGCAAGCUCGUUAAUCGCAAACAUAGCCACGGGGCCCAUUAAACAAUUUUGUACGAUAACUGCAUGUCGUUAGUAAACGAAGCUUUGUACACUAUCUUCGUUUCUCUCAAUUAACAAGGUAAUAACGUAGAAAAUGGUGAACACGGUGUUAAAUGUUUACCCAGCUUUCAAAUGUAACGGGAAGAAAUGCUACACGCGUUAGGUACAAUUUUACGUAUUAAAUUCCUAUUCAUAUCUAAUAUUCUUUUAUUUUCCUGUAUUCAAUUAAAUCGUCUGAUGUUCCCUUUAUUCCAUCAAAUCGACGAAUAAAUUCAUCAAUUUUUUACCGAGAAAAAGAGAAAAGUACAAUCGUACCCCAAGAUUUCAUUUCCCUAGGGUUCUUUCUCGUUUUCUAUCAAUUUCAGAUCGAGCUUUUCGCCACGAUCGAUUCCACCUACCUACGAUGCCUAUCCACGACCCGACAAUUAACGUCGCCGAGAAAUUCUCUUCAGUUACAUGGUACAUGAUCCGAACCGGAAUAAUAGAACGGCACGAGGUGACAGCUCGUUACGAGGUUCCACCUUUUUUCCUUUUACCUUUGAAACUUUACGACCGAGUGGGAUCGUGACUAAUCCUACCCUGGGGGAGCGUGCGCCCCUACUAUGCACUAAAUCCACAGAGAGGACUGCAUCGAUUCUGGCGCCCUGUCUCUCUCUCGAUUUUCCACCCUUUACUCAUCUUUUUUAUACGCCAGCGAGCCGAUGAAAGCGUUUUGCAAUUUUUCACCAGGAAUUUUUGCACGAGGAACGAAGAAAUUUGUGGAAGCUGCGAAAGAUGACGACGACCAGCUUUGUUCUUAUAACGGUAGAAUAAUUAGCAGUAUCAAACGAGUAUCUGAGAAGUGAAUUUGACCAACACGACUUUUUAUAAACGUCUCAAUUAUUAUUAUCCGAGUAGAUGAUUAUUAUUUAUACAUAGUAUUUAGGUGCGUGUAUGUCCAUUGCAAGAAAAUGGCAUAAAUAUUCGUAAAUUAAGAGGAAGCUUAUUAGGAGGAAUUCAUAAAAAGAAGCUUUUAAGAAAUUGUAACAUUCGAUGCACUUUUCUUUGCUUUCCUAUAUCUACGAAGGUAAUAUUCUAACAAAAGCUGCGAAGUUUUGAUAAAAGAGCGCUAUACUUGCAGACUAAAAGGCGAGAGUGAAUUUAAUUUCGAUUCAACGAAGCGAUGGUUUCAAGUAAAAGUUCAAAAUUGUCGGAAGAAUCAAAGAACCCUGUAUCCGCCAAAUAAAAGCUAAAGAAAGCAGAUUUAUCCAGUAAGAGAAACCUCGUCUCAACGAUCAAGUGCAACUUUCAAGUUUCAAAUCCCGGAACUGGUGAUGGGAAAAAUAUUACCCCGUAUUUACAAAGUAAAAUUUCAAACUUGGCGGUCAAAGUGCGAAGAAAGAUUGUGCCGGUGGCCCGAAGCUGGCGAGACUGCAUCCCUGGCUGGAAGUAGGCAGUAGGUAAGGGCAGAGCGAGGAGCGUGUGCGCGGUGGAUGGAGUGCGAGCAUGAGUAGGACGUGGGUCGUCGUGUGUCGCUGCAGAGGGCCGAGAGAGCGUGUCUCCUGCGGAACACAGCUGGCACGGACCGUCAAGAUGUAAGCUGACGGGCAGAGAACGCGUGUGUGACGGUACGCCGCUGGCCCAGGCCGAGAGAACGUGCCACGAGGAAGAAGAAGAAGAAGAAGAACAGGGAGAGAUACGAUCUGAAACGGGCCGAUCCGGGAGGAUGAAGUAGAGCGGGAACCAGGGAUCGAUUGCUUCCCGAUUGUUGGCAUGGAGGACACGACACUGGGUCAAAGAGAAACAUUCGACGAAUCGACGAGUGCACCUGUUCCACUCGUUUGAGUGCACGCAAAGCCAAGGAUUUGUACAGAGGAACGAGUGGCCGUGCAAAGAAGUCAAAGGUGGAAGGGAAGACGGUCGUUAUUUAAGACUGCGAGUCGGCGAAAGGUCACGGAACACGGGUGAAACGAAGCGUUCCCUGAACAGUAGUCGAGUCUUCUUGAGAUAUGAAAGAGAAGAGGAUGCGUUGCCGCGAGAAUUGGGUGCGGCUACAAUAUUAAUAGGCGUCGAUUCGAAAAGAGGUUGCUGCCGCCCAGUUCGAUUCGACUAAUCAACGCUGAUUGAUCGCGUGGAACUGCGAGGAAAGAAAACGAGUUGCAGUUUUGAAAAUAGCCAGGACACACUUUUAUCUUUGAUAUAUCUGAUCGAUUUCACUGUCUGCUUGAGAUGUUAUAUCAGUGAGACGGAGUAUGACGACACGCACAACAUGUGGAGGCGAUCGAAUGCGAAUGAAGAGAGAGAUUUAAGGCCUCUUAACUCUUUCAAGACUCAAUCCCAAUUUAGAUUGCGAGGAAAAUAUCCUCUUAUUAAUUAUUUAUUAUAGAAACACAUAUUCUUUCGCGUUUCUGCGUUAUAAUAUGAAAUGUAAUGCCAGCUCUCGCCCAAGACAAAUACAUUUGUCGUUUAAUUAGUGGAUAACUUGUUGAAGUACAACUUAGCAUUAAAACAGAUGGCGUGAAAGGAAGUUGGUUAGAAACAGGAUAAACUAUUUCCAACGGCAAGGAUAUUAAGAAACUGGAACGCAGGAAGAACAUUUGAAGAAACUUAAACUCCUGCAGGAUAUUAAGAGAUAUUUUGGAAAACUUUCUGUCGUCAGAUCGAGAAACGAGAUCUAUACGUAAAUUAAGCGACGAAAGAAUUCGCAGCGGCGAUACUUUCGCUCUGCGCAUUCUUUAAACCGCGACGGGCAAAUGAAAUCUCGAUGAGGUUGGUCUCGAUUGAAAUAUCUCGAGGACAAACGCCACGAAGAAUGCUCGGAUUUUCUCCAAUAACGGCCACCGUCGACGGUGAUAAAUUUCACGAAACAGCUGCUGCGCGAUCGUAUCAUUUUAAAUCGCAUCUAUCAUAAGAGAAAGAAAUUGAAAUUCCAAGUGAAAACGAUCUAGCGAGUAAACGCACGGACCGCUUCGAUCCGUUUAAAAGGAUCGGCGUUCGAGAACUGCAACGGAAUUAGCCCGACUUUUCCCGAUAUUACGCUCUAUCGACGGAUUUUCAACCAUCGACGCAUUCCUGACCUGGAUUAAGUUCCCAUCCGCUCGCAUUCAAACGAUUCCCGCGAUUCGACGAAAAUAAACAAGCGUAGUAACCGAGUAUCCAAAAAGGCAAUCGCAUCGUAAGAGCCGUUUAAGAGGUGGAAGCGAAUCAGAGACAUUCAGAGUAGCGGCCGCGUCGUCGAAAAGCGCAUCCAACGAUCUGUAGUAUCUGUAUUUCGUUAUUUCUAUCUUGUUAAAUGUACGACUCGUAUAACGGUGGAAACAAAGAAAAAAAAAGAAGAAGAAAAAAGAAAGACUCGGUCCCGUGUACAUUGCGCGAACGAAUCUGACGAGUCAACGUCACGCUAACACGCGUCUCACUCGCAUCAGCGAAAUUCCAUGCGACCCGGAAUCCGCGUCAGUGCGUGUUUCUGGUGACGCUCGACAGCAAGAACAAUGAAUUCGUUCAUCCGUCAUCAGUGAGGUGGAUCUAUGCCGAACGAGUUAGUCGGACAAUUUUCAUCUUCGUCGGUGGAAUCGAUUGGAAGUUACCAUCGCGACAACGAAUCGUUUUCACACGGUGGAUCGUUUCUCGUCGAAUGACUGAUAAUUAAUCUUUCGUCGCGCCAAGGCCAGAGGAAAUUGAAUCAAGAUCGAACAAAGAUAGACACAGAGGGAGAGAGACAGAGACAGAGAGAGAGCAUUGGUUGCGGAGGAUCGUCACGGUUGAUCGCGGUGUUACGAAGCUGCGUCGCGAUAAAAUCGAUUCCCCCGGAGCGUGCGAAAAAAUAUCCGGAUGGGAUCGGAAUUUUGAAAGCCGUCCGAGCAGGAGGACGUUUAUAAAUAAACGGAACGCGUCGGUUUUGCUGCGCAAACCGUGAGGAACUUCGCGUUCCAACGUCGCUUUCCUAUAAAAUCUAUCAAACGUGGCUGGUCAUUUCUUGGCAUCUAGGAAAUAUGCUUGAAUAAUAUGCUUGCAUACAUCUACAUACGUACGUGUGGAACGAGGAAGGGAUACCAAUAAGGAGAUACUAAUAUAGAUUGUCCUGUUUCGCGACGACACGCUUCCAAUUCACCGUCCAUUAACGCGUAUCGUUGCUCUGCGCCUGUUCCUACGAGCAGAAGAUACCUCCAAUUUACGCUUCACGAGUGACGGGGCAAAACGCUGCACGGAUAUGAGUCAGCCUGAUUACUUCUAUACCGAGUGAUUCCUUAUUUUCUAAUCAUUUAUCGUUCAAUUGAAUGCAAUUGAAGAAGUGCAAUGUAAAUAGAAACUCGUUUCAUUCACUAAAUAUCACAAGGAUUAUAGAAAGAAGAAGAAGCAGGAAAUGGAACAUAAGUGGAAACUCCUUUCACUCAUUAAGUAUCAGAAGAGUUGUAAAACGAAGCAGCAUCAUCGAGGGCUGAGCUAUCGAAAAAUAUGGCGUCAGGAAUACCGAGCGUACAUCAGAGGAAGCUUGGACCAGCGCCGAUAGCAUCCUUCGAAGACCUGUCCGACGAGGUGGAAAACGGGGAACCGGCUGCGCGAAUGCCAGGCAUCGUCGAGGUCACCACGCCGGCAACGCCUGGUAGUUCGCUUAAGACACCCAGCACGCCGAGAAUUGACAUCAGCAGGGCGAGCAGUUCCUCCCACCAUGAGGACAGUAACUCCAGGGACUCUACGCCCGAGAGAGAACUCCUCGCAGGCGGAGAACCUCCACCUGGGUGCAAGCUGACUCUAGGCUACAAAGAGGACGCUCAGGAUCUGAGAUCGUCGACGGAGGAGCUCGACUUGCAAGAUCCCAUUCACGAGCAAGAUCUGAAAAGAGAAUCGAAGAAACUGGCAAAGAGGCGAAAGGAGGAUGGCUCCAUGUCCGAUUAUAGCGGCAAACAAUUAGACAGAGAAAGGAAGGACAGCAAUUGCUCGGAAAUCGUCCUGUUGAACAUUAGUGGAAGAACGUCUAGACUCUCCUCCGUGGGUAGCCAAGGUUCAGGAGCCUCUGGCAAACUUUCCGUUGUCUCUGCCACGUCGUCCAGGUCGCCGAGUCCACACAAAUGUUUACUGGAAACGUCGUUCUGCGGAAGCAAACCUACACUGGCAGACAACUUGAUAGAACCGUCGAAACCAGAGACCGACGACCUGGAGAAGAUCCUGCUGAAACGUGAAGCAGACACGACGAAAGCACUGAUUCCAGACAGCAUAAAAGUAUCGAUGGUAGAUGGAAACUUGAAACCAGAUCCUCUGGAUAAACCUAGGAGACGAGGGCGAGAAGAGAGGAAGGAGAUCUUCAAGAGAGAAGUGGAGAUCACGAAAAGAUUCUUGGAGAAGGUUAAUAUACAGGUACCAGUGGUGAAGAAGUCAGAUGAAUCGCCAAGUACAACGACGUCGCAGCAGCAGUCGACGAGAAGUCAACCGCAAGAGGUACAAAAGCCAGCGACCUUGGACUUCAACGACAAGAGGAAAAAAGCACAGAACUUCAAAGAAAUCGUACAGACCACUCCAACAACGAGCAGCGUGUCCGGUAGUCCGAAGCUACCAAGGCAUCAGAAAGUUCGCGAUCUGGAAGGUUCGCGUACACCCAGUCCCUCUUCCGUUUCCAGGAAGAGCAGUUUCGCCUCUUUGUUCAAGGCCCGUACAGACAGCAGUGUGUUGAGUCCAGAAUCGCCAUCUCCGAGCACAAAACCACGUCGUAGCCUCACCUCGAAGAUCAAGGACACCACGGAGAGUCUGCGUAGCAGAUCGAAAUCGCGCGAGCGAGUGACCUUGGACAAAGGGUCUGGCAGUUUGAAAAAGGACUCGAAGAACAAAGGUGUGUUCUCCUCGACGUUGAGUCUGUUCAAGAAACGUGAGAGAAAGAAGAGUUAUGACGAGGCGAUAGCGGCAUCCUGUGGCACGGAGUUGGAUAGUUCCGGAGGACACCCGUCCUUAGAAAGCAUAGGCCACGUGGAGUUUCGUUUUAAUGCUGAAAAGGAGAAUCGCAAGGACGACUCGAUCUUCAUAAGCCUGCACGCGGAUGACAGGAACUACGAGGAGGCUCUGCCUUCGGAGAGCGUGUCGAUACCGCUGGAAACGCCUACCAAGCUGCUGGACGAGUACGAAUCGGAGCCUCGAACCGGAAGCAUCGUAACGGAAGUGUCGAUAGAGCAUUAUCCACCCACGACGAGGAUAAAGACCGAAGCUUUGAUCGAAACUACGUCGAGGCCGUACUCGCGGGACAGCCAGACCAGCCAGAUCAUACCGCAGAGCAGUUCGAAAGAUUCUGAGAUCUCGAGGAGCUCCUCGAAGGACUCGAAGCUCAGUAGCCACGGGAAAACCAGCGAAACCGCUGUGAGAUCGUCGUCGUCCAUCGAUAGCAAACCUCCUGCGGACCAUCGAAUAUCCAGCAGCUCGUCGAAGGACUCGAUAGGAAAGAAGGAAGCUACUAAGCCGAAAAGGAAAAGCAAAGAGCUGCAACAACCUGUCGAACCAGCCGAGAUAGUCGAGGAAGAUGUUUCAAGGCAGAAACAGAAACAAGUUGAAACGAGGGAACACGCGCCGGUUAAAACGGUGGAAAAGAGGCCAGACUUGUUGGAUGACGGAACGAAGACUGCGGAUGGACUGGUGAAGACACCAAGCGUGAUCUCUGAUCUGGAUCAUAAUAGUUCGGAGUCGGAGAGAGACUCGGAGAUCGAGUUUGUUAGGAACAAGGUGGAGAAACUUGCCGAGGAAUUGCCUGACGAGAGGAAGGGACUGUUCUACGAGGAGAGCUUCGAAGAGGAUCUUCCUUAUGUACCCACCACCCUCCCCCUGGAGAAAAGCGUGGCUGUGCCGAUCCUGCCUGUGAAACAACGACUUCAGGAAGUAAGAACGAUACCAAUCGAGAGGCCGCGUUCAACAACGCCGAUAAACCCGACGCUGCUCGACGAGUUUGUGAUGCAGACGUCCCUCGACGAGCGUCGUGUUGAGAAGAUGAAGAUAUCAUUGCCGCGAGAAGAUAGCUUUAAAUUGAAAAGUCCGCGGAAGCACGCGGCCAACACGUUUAUGGAAUUCGCAGGCAAAGUGCCUGACGGAGGACGGAAAAGCGCAGGUAAAUCGCCGAGUCCUCCUCCACUGCCACCGAGGGCCACUGCUAGGCCGAGCAACUGGAUCAACUUCGAGGAGAUACCCGAGAAGAGGAAAGCGCCGAAAAGGAUCCAGACGAUCCCUCGACCUGAGGACGAGGUGAAAUCGGGUGGAUAUAGCUACGUUCAACCGGAGGAAUGCAGGUGCGAGUGCCAUGAAGAAUCUCGAAGGGCGUCGAUGAAGGAAGCGUCCGCGACAAGGACUUCUUCCUCUUGCAGCAGCAACGGAGAACGUCCUUGUAACGGUGACAACUGUACGGUGCCUACGUCGACGUCCAUGGACCGUGCCAGUAUCGUCAGUGACAGCUCGCUGGAGUGUAGCCUGAGCAUCGAGGAGAACACGACGCAACCGUUGUUCACGUGCUUGACGAAGCCGUUCAGCAUUGAUCUGGACGUUAGGUCGAAUCGGUCCAGUAUCGUAUCCCAGGACGAGACUGACGAGACCCUGCACCAAUAAUAGUUUUUUUCACGGCACGCCUCGCCUUAUUAUCCUCCUGUUCAAACAAAAACAUACAAAAAAAAAAGUGAAAUUAUCUCCUUGUUGGAACUGUUCUCGAGCCGAGUUCUCGUUCCUUCUUUCGCCGAUCCACUUGAAAAGAAUCGCGUCGUUUAUCUUUAUAACGAAUCAACUCUGCUCGCUCUCUCUUUCUCUCUCUCUCUCUCUCUCUUUCCUUCCUUCUGUGGAACGCUUUUUUAUCGAACUCAUUCUCCUCGCAAGAUCGCAAACGUCUCACAAUUCUCUGGUAUGUGUCAAUUCCAAUAACGGAGUUCUAUGCUCGUUUCAUUGCGGCAACAUCUUGCAUAAGUUACACGCGUGUAUCGACUUUGAAGCUGCGCGUACUCACUGAGACGGAUCAAGAGAAGAUACGAAUCGGAUUCCAAGCGACAGAGUCGUUCGUUGUACGAUAGACGCCGCGUGUAACGCGUUUCAAAC